UUUGUUUACCACAGAAAAUGAAUUCACGCGCCGACAGAGCGUUUAUGCUAAACUUUUUCCUGGAUGAGGGUCUAGGUCCUCAACUGGCCGAAGCCGUACGACUGGUCACCGCUGAAAGUUCAAUUGGUGCCCUAACCACAACUGUUAAGGCGAAUGGUAAUGAAACAGGGGCAGAGGAUGAGAUUGCGUCCAUUUCGCGUUACCAAGAUGAUCAGUUCAAGGAGCAAUUCCGUAUGCAGCGCAGCAGUUUCGAGACGCUGCUGCAGGUCAUUGGGAAUGCUAUAGCCGGAGGGGAACAGCAUCAACCAAUUGGCCGAGUUUCGUUGCCCGAGAAACUUUUGUACACAUUAACCCUGCUCAGUGGCGAAAAAUCAUUUCGCGAGGUUGGCAUUAAUUUUGCCAUAUCAAAGAGCUCGGGCCAUGAGAUUUUUCGUUGGGUCACCUCCGCCUUUGCGACGCUACUGCCACACUAUGUGAAGUGGCCGGCAGAUAAUGUGUGCAGUGGCAGUGGCAUUAGUAAACUGCCCGGCGUUGUGGGCGUCAUCGAUGAGUGCCGCAUCCAAUUGAAGCUGCCUGUACGCGAGGAGAACGGUCAUUUGCACUAUUCGUGGCUGGCUCUGCAGGCAGUGUGUGAUGAGCGCAGUCGCUUCUUGGAUGUGCACAUCGAUGUGCCCGGCAAUCAGCAGUGUGUGCUGCUCAAGAGUGAUCUCUUCGAGCGACUCAUUGACGAGGAGUCGCCACUGAUGCCGCCGCAUAAGCAUCUCGUUGGGGAAAUGAUGUAUCCGCUGCUGCUCAAUCUGAUGACACCCUGUGCGGAUAACAAUGGCGAAUUGACACCCUGCCACAUACGCUACAAUCAGGCGGUGCAUUUGUGGAAUGCGCCGGCAGAGCGUGCUUUUGCAGCGCUAUUGUCACGUUUUCGACGUCUGGCAUCUUUGGAUGUUGGCACCAUGGAGGUGGGUAGCAUGGUGAUAUCGGCCACCUGCAUGCUUCACAACUUCAUAUUGGACUGUGGUGAGCCAAUUGAGGAUGCAACCCUGGACUUUGAUAUGCUGCCAGAUAAUCAAAAUAGUCUCGUCUUCGAGGAGCACGGACUGGUUAAUUGGAAACACACAUCAUCGGCGCAGAAGAAACGCGAUGGCCUCAUAGCUAGUUUUAUACGCAGCUAAUAUACACAAUAUGCAUUAUAGUCAUAUUUUAGGAUUAUCAAGAUUAACUGUUUCAUUUAUUUUUCAGUAUUUUUUAUAGGUUGUAAUAUAAUUGUAUA